CCGCGGGGCCUCAGCGGCCGCGGCAAACGCACCACGUCGGCGCACGCGCAGCGAGGCUCCACGUGAGCGCCUGCGCUUCUUCUCAAGCCCAACGAUGCCGCCGGAACGUAGAAGCCGAACGAGACCGGACCGGAGAACCGGAGCGAGGCUGGGCCGGAAGAGCCGAAAGAAGCCGGACCGGAGAGCCGCAGCAGGGCCGGGCGGGCCGCCCCGCAAGGCUGCUCCUUCAUCCCAGCGGAAACCGCCGGCCCGGCCGAGCGCAGCGGCCGCUGCGAUCGCAGUCGCGGCGGAGGAGGAGAGACGGCUCCGGCAGCGGAACCGCCUGGCGCUGGAGGAGGACAGGCCGGCCGUGGAGCGGUGCCUGGAGGAGCUGGUGUUCGGCGACGUCGAGGACGACGAGGACGUGUUGCUGCGGCGUCUGCGGGGCUCGCGGGUUCAAGCACAGGAAGACUCAGAUGAUUCGGAAGCAGAGAAGGAACCAAAAGAUAAUUUUCUAUUUCAAAAGAAGCCGGUUUGGGUGGAUGAAGAGGAUGAAGAUGAUGAAAUGGUUGACAUGAUGAACAAUAGGUUUCGGAAAGAUAUGAUGAAAAAUACCGGUGAAAGCCAACUUUCAAAAGACAAGCUUCAAAAGAGACUGAAGGAAGAAUUCCAGCAUGCCAUGGGUGGAGUACCUGCCUGGGCAGAGACUAACAAGCAGAAAACAUCUUUAGAUGAUGAAAGUGAAGAGGAUGAAGAUGAUCUGUUGCAAAGGACUGGGAAUUUCAUAUCCACAUCAACCUCACUUCCUAAAGGAAUCCUAAAGAUAAAGAACUGUCAGCAUGCUAAUGCGGAACGUCCCACUACUGCUAGGAUUUCCUCUGUGCAGUUCCAUCCUCGUGCUCAGGUUGUGAUGGUUGCUGCACUAGAUAAUGCUGUAUCGCUGUUUCAGGUUGAUGGAAGAACAAAUCCUAAAAUCCAGAGCAUCUAUUUGGAAAAGUUUCCAAUCUAUAAGGCUUGUUUUAGUGCUAGUGGAGAAGAGGUUUUAGCAACGAGUAUCCACAGCAAGGUUCUUUAUGUCUAUGAUAUGCUGGCUGGAAAGUUAAUUCCUGUGCAUCAAGUGAGAGAGCAGAAAAGCAACUGGAAAUGCUUGGCUGUAAAAUUAGCAGUUGAUGCAGCAGCAAGAGCUUGGGAGCUAGAAGACUGGAGUCUCAAGUCCUCAAAGUAUUUCACCUCUCUGGUCUUCAGGAAAUUUGGGAUCUCUCUUGUUCCUCUCAUGUGUGUUAUAAUAGAGUUUUGGUUUACAUUUAAAGGAAGUUUGAAAGAGAAGCUAGUGAGGAGCUUUGAAGUCUCUCCAGAUGGGUCAUUCUUGCUGAUAAAUGGUGUUGCUGGAUAUCUUCAUUUGUUGUUGAUGAAGACUAAAGAAUUGAUUGGUAGCAUGAAAAUUAAUGGGAGGGUUGCAGCGUCCACAUUCUCUUCAGAUAGCAAGAAAGUAUAUGCCUCUUCAGGUGAUGGGGAAGUUUAUGUUUGGGAUGUGAACUCUAGAAAGUGCCUUAACAGAUUCGUUGAUGAAGGCAGUUUAUAUGGAUUAAGCAUUGCCACAUCUAGGAAUGGGCAAUAUGUGGCUUGUGGUUCUAAUUGUGGAGUGGUAAACAUAUACAAUCAAGAUUCUUGUCUCCAAGAAACAAAUCCAAAGCCAAUAAAAGCUAUAAUGAACUUGGUUACAGGUGUUACUUCUCUGACCUUCAAUCCUACUACAGAAAUCUUGGCAAUUGCUUCAGAAGAAAUGAAAGAAGCAGUCAGAUUGGUUCACCUUCCCUCCUGUACAGUAUUUUCAAACUUCCCAGUCAUUAAAAAGAAGACUAUUUCUCUUGUUCAUACCAUGGAUUUUUCUCCCAGAAGUGGAUAUUUUGCCUUGGGGAACGAAAAGGGCAAGGCCCUGCUAUAUAGGUUGCACCAUUACUCAGACUUCUAAAGAGAAUAUUUAAAAUGCAGUUGAGCCACAAGAGAAGCCCAUCCUGAUAUAUCUUUUCAGAAACUUUCUAAUGUGUGAUGAUAUAUGUAUAAUGAUUUGAGUCAGCUGUGCUUAUUUAACAGCAAUGUCUUAAUAAAUAGCAACUUUUGUUUGAAAA